UAGAAUCUAAUCACAGUGUAGAAUUCUGUGAAUCUAAUUGAACUUCCUUCCGUCAGCCAUCGCCAUUCUAUCAUAGACGAACAGACGAACUAUUCCGCUUAGUUCGUCUUGGAUCCAAUCAAAGAUUCUCUAGAUCUAGAUCUGCUACAGUUCAGGAAAACAAGGGCAUCUUUGUGGCCGUGGAUGUGUGCUCAAUUCUCUACUGUAUAGAAUCUAGAUUUAGAUCUAGAAUCUACACCGUAAUACACGGUCUUUGAUUCAAUUUCUUCCGGGAAAAACAGUUCUUUGGUUCCUAUAAUAAUAAUCAAAGAUAGUACAGCCUACGUUUACAGCUCUGAGCGGCUUCACGGAAGGACAAAAGUGUGUGUUCUGUGGUGAAAGGGAACUGAUGUGACAAGAAAGAACAAUAACCCGCUGAAGAGAUCAAGAGUAAGAUUUGCCAACAUGGAUGGAGAUAGUGGAGCCACUAAUUCCAGUACAUAUGGUUCAGUCGAAGGUUUGAAUCCAAUGGAGCUGGAACUACUUCGAAGUGCCUCAGACGUGGGAGGCUCUCAGACAGUUAGCCUUCAUGGGGACCAGAAUGGCAUAAGACUGAGACCAAGCAGAUCCACGACCAACCAGUCGGUUCCGAAAGAUCUGUCGAACAAAGUGCGUUUUGCCAAUGCUGCUAGGCGAGACGAGGAAGUGGAGGCAUUCAUAGAGCUAUUGGAAUUAUUGCUUGUCCGAAGGGCUGCCUCAGGACUUGUGUUGAACAAAAAGGAGGUCUCCCUUCCUCCUGGCCAUCAGCUUCCUGAAACUGCUAAAGUUUUAGGGAAGGGGGGUAAUGGUGCGAUCUACAUUGUGACUGAUCCUAAAACAGGAAAGGAAAGUGCCUGCAAAAUGGUCAUGAUCGCCUCGUUUCAUGGUGACGUCAUUCGCACAUGGCUUCACCUGGCAGACAAGGGCUUGGCUCCGGAGCUGUAUAGCUUUCGGAUUGUUGAAAACAAAGUUGAAUUUAAAAUGGAGAUAAUUAAAGGUAAAACCUUGACGGAAAUCAUGGAUGAUUUGUGGUCCCAACAACCUGCCUCUGACCUGACCCGUCCCUUCUCCCUCAUUGUUCUGAAGGACCUUCUAACCCUGUUUGAAGAACAGAUGCAUGGUGAACAGUUCACGCACGGGGACAUGUAUG